AUGAGUGUCUGGCGCCGGCUGCUUUCGUUUGCCACCCGCCCCCGACCGCAAUUCCCUUAUGGCACCGGCCAACCCAUCCACGAGACCCGCCCCCACCUGAUCAACCCCGGCGAUAUCACUCCAGGCAUCUCCGCCGAGGAGUACUACCAGCGCCGGGUCCGUCUCGCCCACAAAUUGCCGCCGUCGUCGGUGGCCAUCGUCAGCGGAUCCAGUGUACAGUUUGCCAGUGGCCUGGUGUUCCACCCCUUUCAACAGAACACCGACUUGUUCUACCUUUCCGGGUGGAACGAGCCCGAUACCGUCAUCGCCGUCGAGGUCGAUGCCAACCACGAAAUGACCUUCCACAUGGUGGUACCGCCCAAGAACCCUCAUAAGGAUAAAUGGGAGGGCGACAAGUCCGGUUUGGAGGGUGCCUACGACGUGUUCAACGCCGAUAUCGUCGUCGAUAGCCACCAGGGGAAACGCCAUUUGACUGAGCUUGUGGAUAAGGCCCAGCACGUGUUUAUCGAUUCUACCAAGCCGCAACUAGCCUCGUUGGGCCUUUCAUCAGCUUUGAAUCAGCUUAGCGGUCGGCUGGGAGCGAAACCGGUGGCCCCCAUCAUCGCUAAGUUGAGAGCGAUAAAACUGGCUCUGGAACAGAGAGUGAUGGCAGCAGCGGCCAAAGCCAGUAGCCGAGCCAUCCACCACGCCAUUGCUACCUCUACCAACACUCCCUUCCGCCAGGAAAAGACGUUAGCCCGGUUUUUGGACUACUCUUUCGUCUUGCACGGAUGCGACGGUCCCGCCUAUAUCCCCGUGGUGGCGCUGGGAGCGAACGCAUUGACCAUCCAUUAUACCAGAAACGAUGACGUCAUCUACGACGACGAGCUCGUGUUUAUUGAUGCUGGUGGCAAAUUGGGCGGGUACUGUGCUGAUAUCAGUCGCGCUUGGCCUCACCGUGGUAAGUUUUCUGAGCCGCAAAAAGACUUAUACUCAGUGGUUUUGGAGUGUAAUAAGCAGUGUAUCGACCACUGUGUUCCCCUGAAUUCAUUACACGAUAUCCACGAAGUUUCAGUGCUGUUACUUUUGAAGGGGUUACAGCAAUUACCUGGUUUUAGCCACGUGCUGCGUACCGAAGUGGCCCGCAGUCUUUACCCACACUAUAUUGGUCACCAUUUGGGUAUUGACCUCCACGAUGUGCCCCUGGUGCUGAGAUUUGACCCGUUACAACCGGGUAAUGUCGUCACCAUCGAGCCCGGUUUAUACAUCCCUAAAGACGAUAAGUGGCCUAAACACUACCAGGGCAUUGGCAUUAGAGUGGAAGAUGACGUUGUGGUGGGCUCAUCGCUGGCCACCAUCACCAAUUUGACGGCCGGCUGUGUUAAGGAGAUUGCCGAUAUUGAGGCCCUCAUCGCUAACGGAGUGACCACCCCUGGUGUCGGCGAAGAACAACUUAACCUCUUGUAA